AUGCACACGUCGUCGUUAUUUUUCUUUGCUAUAGUUUUAAUCAUAGCAUUGUAUACUAUACCAAUAACUGGUAAACCUGCUAAAAAACCUGGAGCACCACCAGCAGCAACAACAACAACACUUGCGACAACAACAAAACCUCCUACGACUGCGAAGUCUCCUUCAAAAGUACCAGCUGCUAAACCCGCUUCUAAAGUUGGUAAAAAAAAGAAGAAACCCGGAAAAAAAAGCUCAAAACCUAAAACAAAUCAUUGGACAGUGCCGAAUGCUGAUCAAAAGAAAAUAUUUAAUGAUUAUAAAGCUAUUUUACGUAAAAAACUCAUUGCUCGAAAACAUAAUAUAUCUGCAACAUAUCAAUUAGAGCCAGCUAAAUAUGGUUCCCAAGAUCUUGGUAAAACAAUUUUACAUCAUUAUUUGAUCAAAUUACCCGAUUCGAAAUAUGCUCAUGCUAUUAUUGGUAUAAUUAAAGAUGCAAAGAAACCUGCACCCGUCAAUGAUGAUCAUGCUUCAAUUCGUCGUACAGUUUAUGAUAAUCUUGAAGCAGCAGCUGAAAUCUGA